AUGUCGGACGACGAGCCAACGUUCGAGACGACCGAGUCGGGAUCCUCGCACACAUACCCGCAGCAGUGUGGAGAGCUUCGCAAGGGCUCGAUGGUGAUGAUCAAGGGCAAAGCCUGCAAGGUGGCCGAGAUUUCCACGUCGAAGACGGGCAAGCACGGGCACGCGAAGGCCCAUAUCGUGGCGCUGGACAUCUUCACGGGAAAGAAGUACGAGGACUUGUGCCCCACGUCGCACAACAUGGAGAUCCCUUUCACGAAGCGCACGGAGUACCAGCUUCUUUCUGCUGACGAGUCAACUGGCGAAGUCAGCCUGCUCCUGGAGUCUGGCGAGACCAAGGACGACCUGAAUCUGCCCACCUUCGUGACGACGGGUGAGCCAACCGAUGAAGACAAGAAGGUGGUCGAGGACAUCCUGAAGAUGCAGGAGGACGGCGACUCCAUCGUCGUCGCCGUGCUCUCGGCCAUUGGACAGGAGAAGAUUGUUGGCGCGAAGAAGAUGCAGUGA